AUGUCUUUGAGAAGUGUGGACAGCGCAGCCAACGAAAAGCCUCGAGGCCCUCCCAAGAAGAAGACCAAGCCUGAAAAGGACGACGAGGGGAACGAAGAAGAAGACAGCAAGCAACAAUCGGGCAAGCCGAAGCGAGGUAAAGUCGAAGCUUGGACGGUAGGUCUGCACGCGUUCCAGUCUGGUCGUACUACCACGAUGAGCGUCCCAAGCUCACGUCAUUCGCUACUCUCUCCAACAGGCGGAGCAAAGGAAAGCGCUUGUUCUCAGCAUGUGCGCUUCUAGCUUCUCUCACAUGGACUGGAACGAGGUAAGCGCACAGUGUGGGGGAAGGACGGUGCCUCAAGUGAAGAUGUACUGGCGCAACGUCCUCAAAGCCAAGCUCGAAAAGGUAAGCGAACGAAUGGGAAUGACCAACAUAGCCACCUCCGAUCGGCAUGACGCUGAAUGCGUGUUUAUCGUCACUCGCAGGCACUUGAGGAGAUGUAG